AUGUCGGAUCAGUUUUUCGACUACGACACGCCAAAGAUGGUGCAGAUAAAGAGUAAGAAGGUCGGUCUUAUCAACAGGGUGGUACAGAUUUGCGUCAUCGCCUACGUUGUUGUAUAUGUCCUAAUUAUAAACAAAGACUACCAAAAACGAGACGACGUCGAGGGUUCGGCCACAGCCAAGCUAAAAGGAGUGGCGUAUACAAAUAUCACAGAUGCACCAGACUUACAGAUAGAUGAUCCCACACCGUACAACAGAGUCUGGGAUCUAGCUGAUUACGUCAUACCUCCACAGCAGCAAACGAACGCUUUUUUCGUCAUGACCAACAUGGUGAUUACUCCAAAACAAACUCGUGGCAUCUGUCCAGAGGAUCCAGAUAUGUGGUUUGGGAGAUGUAAAACGGACGAGCAGUGCCCAAUAGGAAAAUAUAUCACAGGCGGCAAUGGCUGGUUCCCUGAUCCCCUUUGUUUUUCCUCGGCGUACUCUGCAGGCAUGAGAACAGGUCGCUGUGUACCAGCGCCAUGGCCUUACAAAGGCGUAAACAAAACGUGCGAAAUACGAGCGUGGUGUCCAACAGAAUACGACAAAUUACCAAGGUCGAGAACGCCAGUUCUUCGAGAAGCUGCAAAUUUCACAGUGAUGAUUAAAAACAGCAUUUCCUUCCCGGAAUUCAACUUUUCAAAAAGGAAUAUACGGGAAACUACAGAGAAGACGUAUCUACGAAGUUGUCGCUACAAUGCCGACUCGGACCCAUUGUGCCCCAUCUUCAGACUGGGUACCAUGGUGGAGAUGGCAAAUGAUACAUUCGAGAAUAUGGCGUACAGGGGCGGAGUUGUGACGAUAGAUAUCCAAUGGAAUUGCAAUCUAGACCGACAUAGAGACGAGUGUCUACCAAAAUACAGGUUCUUCCGGUCAGAUGACGAACACGCUAAAAUUGCAAAAGGAUUUAACUUCCGGUACUCAAAAUAUUACAAAGUGAACGGGACGGAGUUUCGGACGUUAACGAAGGCCUAUGGCAUUCUGUUCAACAUUAAGAUCACCGGGCAGGCGGGGAAGUUCGACUUCAUCCCUCUUAUGCUCAAUGUGGCGUCCGGGUUUGCGCUGCUGUCGCUGGCUACAGUCAUGUGCGACAUCGUUGUCCUGUAUCUACUCAAGAAACGGAAUAUCUACAAGGAAUGUAAAUAUCAGAACGUCAACCCCGUAACGGAUGAUGGGUACGAGGUCCCAGCCUUACGUACCUUCUCCAAAGCCGACGGCAACAGUGCAAUAUUUCCACUACGUCGUGUAUCCUACGACGGUAACUCCAUGGAGGUCGGCAAGAGGUAUGCCACGGCCUACCUGGAUACCACGGCAGACAGCGACCGGAAUAGCUGAGACCAAGGAGAACCAAAAAACAAAAAAGCCAUUUGUAUUUUGGUGAUUAUAUUAUACAUAAUUUGGUAAACCUAAUCCUGAACCCGAGUUGUAGAUGGCUAGCCCGCACGGUGAUGUGAUGAGUGAGUGGUUUGUUUGGCACGAUGAGUUGAGAAAGUGAAGGUGGCUUGUGAGAGGGUGUGUUGAUGUUUUGACUUUGUUGUUUCAUUGUACAAUAGUUGUGAGCUGAGAAUGUGUGGUUGUCUGAGUUAGAUUGGCUGUGCAUUGUGCUGGCACUAUGCUAUGUUGUUACAAAAGCAUGGAGUGAAAGGAUUGCUAUAGUUCCCUUUAUUGGCCAUCUGCCCAAAGUACAGUUCGUAUAAUGUUGAUGAAGUGAUUCCAGUGUGCAUGAGCUUUCUUUUGACACAUAAAAGGCAUUCGUGCAAAGAGGGAAAAUGUUCUAAAACGGAGUGAGUGAGAGGUGAUAACUGUCCACCGUGUGUGACGAAAUGGAGCGUACAGUGUGGUACUUGAAAAGAAUUGAAAGGAAUUGUGCUUAAGAUUACAUCUUCUCCGGUUUUUCCCACUCAAAAAAUAUGAAAUUUUUAAAUUUCCUAUCAGCAGCCUUGAGACUAAGCCAUUUCUGGGCACAAUUAUCACAAUAGCAGCAGUUGCCCUCAGUCACGAGGCAAAGUGUAUCUUUUAUUUUGUGGAACCGUUUCGGUUGUCUUAAAGCCAUUGGACACUUUCGGUAAACAGUAUUGUCCAAGGCCCACACUUCGUGUACCACAACUUCU